AUGACAGUGCUCAGCUCCAAGGAUUCUAUAAAAGGAUACACUCUAUUUGCCAUUGCAUUUGCAUGCUCUCUGUUUAUCCCGAGUCUCAUCUAUUCAUUACGGAGAGAUCCUAUCUUUGCUGAUGCCAUACACAAGCCUUAUUCAUACCCUCCCAUGGUCAAAUACAGUUACAAAUGGCCUGACAUCUCCUCGUUUACACAUGGCGUGCCUGCCAUUGCAAAUGCAACUGAAGAAAAUGACAUUUAUAAAGAGAUUGACCAGAGAUACUGCGGCCAGGACAGAUGCAGGUUCUUGUUACCUAUUGCUAUCACCGAGCAAGAAUCAAAGGCUCAAUUGCACUUUAGACAACUGGCAUUCCUGGCUGGCAAAAUUGACAGAACCAUUGUGCUGCCCAAUGUCUACAGCUCACACAUGGGCUCUUGUUUACCACAUCCCUUCUCUUUCUACUACGAUUUGAAAUGGCUGAAUGACAACACGAAGCAUUUCAACUACAUUACAAUGGAAGACUUCAAGGCCUGGCUGCUGGAAAGACAUUAUGCAGGCGUCAUUCCCUCUGGACAAGAAAUCUACAUGCAAGGUUCUCGGAAAUCAAGAUUGCUGAAAAACAUCAAAAACUGCUUUAGCGAUUCCUUUGAUUUCUCUGGUAGACCCACUGUGAGCUAUCAAUUGCAAGAUCACCAAAACCAGCGUCAUAUCAACAUCACUGAUAUUAUGGUGGACCUGUUUAGCGACAAGGCUAGACAACAUGAAUACCUGGAUGGAAUGAUCCAGUCUCCAUUUCCCGGAGCAGCAAAAAAAUUUAAGGUUCAUACGGAUGCCUCCUCGCCACCAGUGGAUGUAAUCAACUUGUUUUAUGACAGAAGAUACAAGUUCAUCAACGACCAUGAUGCGCAGGCACCUCUGCCAUACAGCCAACGAUGGGUCGAUGUAGCGAAUCAAAUUUCCAAUCAAUUAAAGCCAUACAUGGCAAUUCAUUGGAGAAUGGAAAGGCUAGAACCUGUUUCCAAUUUGCUGCCGUGCGCUAUGGAUCUCAUUGACAAAGUGCACCAACUCACCAUCGACAACAACGAGCAAAAGUACCCCAAUGUGUUUUUGCUGACAGAUUAUCCACAUCUGAUCAACGCCACUGGAGCCAGACCUGAAUCCAACUCGUUCAGAAUGAGCGAGCUGAAAAACGAACACCACCAGGCCAUUCAAUAUCUAUACCAACAUUUAAACAUCUCAUUGACUUCAGUCAACAACAACAAGAUACCGUACAACGAAUUGCCCAGCGACAAUUGGCACAUUCUGCCUAUCAACGCUUCUUCAGAUGACAGCCUACUGCCUGCAGAUCGCAGUAUUCUCGGUAUUGUCGAUAAAUUAGUAGCCAUGAAUGCGCAAUGGUUCUUUGCUGGCCGUCCUGGCGUUUGCGCAAAGUCAAGCAGCUUCACUGGCCGUAUAUCGAAUAGUAGACAUCAAGCGUUCAAGCACGGCGAUGAAAAUAUCAAAAUGCCAGUGAAAACAUUUGAUAUGAAAAAGACACAGCCGGCCCAAGACUAG